AUGUACCUGAAUUUCGAAGCGAUCCUCGGGAUCGUAUCAUUGGCGACAUUAGCACUCUCCGCAGCAAUCUCUCCUGAUUCUGAAUCGGAGAGCGUCACUUACCUACCAACGCAACCCCCAUCAUAUCCUCUAGCAGUUCGGAGUCCAUACCUCUCAACAUGGAUGCCCAGCGACCAAGUGCAGAUGCUUCCCUAUGCCGAACCGCAAUUCUGGGCAGGGCAGAACUUAACCUGGUCUGUUAUGGUGCGCGUUGAUGGCCAAGCGUAUAGUUUGAUGAGUAUACCAAGCCCUGGAGACAAGAUUCAGCCUGCUGUUGUUCGGAGUGCGGAAUAUACUGCGACGCACUCAAUCUUCAAGCUUGACGCUGGGCCGGUGAGCUUUACGCUGGAUUUUUUUUCGCCAAUCUCGCCGUCGAAUUACUUGAGGCAGUCGCUUCCGUUUAGUUAUCUGACUGUCAGUGUUUCUGGUGCCGAUAAAAACGACAUCCAGAUUUAUUCCAGCAUUGAUGGGAGAUGGGCGGGGAGACAGCAGAACACCGUCUGCAGCUUCCAUCGGCAGGGCUCAGCCCUAGCUUACGCGCUCAAGGUAGACAAUGCGGUUCCGUAUACAGAAGAGAGGGACAUGGCGAUAUGGGGCGAGUCCAUCCUCUCAUCCUAUCAAAGCGCUCAAUCAAAGCUUUCAUUUUCUUCUGGAGAAUGUAGGCAGAUUCGCUCCCAAUUUGUCAACGACGGUAAACUAUCCGGCAAGGAUGUACCUUGGACCCCCGGUGGAGUUGUGGCAUUUGCUCAUGACUUGGGCAGCGUUAGUGGCGAGUCCUCUGUGCUCUUUGCUGUUGGAUACGUGAGGAAAGAAGCGAUCAAUUACCUGGGAAAAGCGUACACAGGAUAUUAUCGGUCUGAAUUUCCUGAUACGUACAAAGCGCUGGAGUGGUUCUUUGACGAUUAUCUAGCUGCGUUGCUUGAGUCGAAAAUAGUUGACACUGAAAUGACAGGCCAGGCGACCUUGGCGGGGGGGCAUAAAUAUGCUGAUAUUGUGACUCUAUCAGCCCGGCAGGCUUGGGGAGGAAUCGAUUUGACAAUUCCCAACGACUCACGCGACACAAACGACGUAUUGGCCUUUGUCAAGGAGCUCUCCAGCAAUGGCAAUCUUAACACAGUCGACGUCAUCAUGUCUGCAUUUCCCAUCUACUACGUUAUGGAGCCAGAGUAUAUCCGCCUUUUGCUGGAACCGAUGAUGCGAUACCUUGCUGCCGGUCGCUGGACACAGCCGUAUGUGAUCCAUGACAUGGGGACACACUACCCUAACGCCCUCGGCCAUGAUGACCAAAAAGCGGAGCCAAUGCCCAUCGAGGAGUGCGGCAACCUGAUGGUCCUUGUGCUGGCUUAUGUACGGGCAACGGGCAAUUCAGCCUGGGCAGACAAGUAUAUCCGGCUCCUAGGAGGGUACGCGGACUACUUGGUUGAGAAUGGCGUCGACAUUGCGAAUCAGCUAUCUUCAAAUGACGCUGCCGGACCUCUGGCGAAUGAGACCAAUCUCGCUAUCAAGGCAGCUGUCGGCCUCGGGGCAUUUGGAGAGUUAAGUGGGCUGAGCGAGUACUCGCGAAUCGGCAAAGAGCGUGCGAGCUUGUUCUUUACGCAGGGGCUUGGUACCGAUGAAGCUAAAUCGCACUUUGUUCUGCAGUAUCCGGACAAGCCCUCCUCGUGGAAAACGCCCUAUAACCUGUUUCCAGAUGUGCUUUUCGAUCUCAAAACAUUUCCCAAGGAAGCGUACCAGAUGGGAAACACAUUCUUCAAGAAAGUCCGAGGUGAGUAUGGCGUCGCUCUGGACAAUCGACAAGACUGGGCCAAAUCGGACUGGAACAUGUGGUUGGCCGGGACAUUCGAUGACAUGACCACCCGCUCCGAGUUUAUCGACGACCUUUGGGGAUUCAUGUCCAAUGGGAAACACAACUGGCCGUUUUCUGACCGUUAUGUCGCCACAUCGGCCAAAGGUCGUGAGCCUGGCCAUCCUGUAUUGUGUCGUGCGCGGCCAACAGUAGGUGGUCAUUUUGCCCUGGUGGCAUUGCAAGGGCCUAGAUCUUUGCAAACUGCGGUAUCGCGCAAGUCGAAGGGGGCUUCUAUUGUGGAGGAGAAGCCAUCAGAUGAAGUGAGAGAGGAUUUGUAG